UUCCAAAAGCCCCUUCGAACUGAAAACGGGGGAAGCAGUAAAAAGACCCGGCUUAAAAGCCCCAAAUCCACAUCCCUCCUCCUCGACGGCGAGCUAAACCGUAACCCUAAACACUGAUCCCCUCAGAAUCGCAGUCAUAAAGUAUGAAAUGUUCGAAACUCCGUCCUAAACCCUAAUCCUCUCAAAAUCGCAACCAGAGAUCAUCACGAUGUUCGGAGCCCCGACCUCAACCCCAGCCUUCGGCACUCCAUCGUCAACCCCCUCCUUGUUCGGAACUCCGUCAUCGACGCCGGCGUUCGGGACUCCAUCACCGACGCCGGCGUUCGGAGCUCCGUCAUCUACGCCGGCGUUCGGAACUCCGUCAUCUACGCCGGCGUUCGGAGCUCCGUCGUCGACGCCGGCGUUCGGAACUCCAUCAUCGACGCCGGCGUUUGGGACGCCUUCAGCCUUGGCGUUUUCGAGUAACCUAUUUCAGCCUCAGCAACAGCAGCAGCAGCAGCAGAGUCCUUUUGGGGGAUUUGGUCAGCCACAGGCAACACCACCUUCGAUGUUCAAUGUUCAGCCUCAGAUCACGACUCAGAUGGCGCCUGUGGCCCCGAUUUCGCUCUCGCUUGCGGAUCGGGAUAUCCAGGCUAUUAUAGAUGCUUACAAGGAAGAGCCUGCCAACCAGAAGUACGCAUACAGGCAUCUGUUGUUCAGUGUGAUAGAUCCAGCGGCUAGGGUGAAGCCUGUUGGAGCAUCGGAUAUAAUGUGGGCAGAGGCAAUGGGGAAGCUGGAAGGGAUGGGGAGUGCAGAUAGGGAGAGGCUAUGGCCUCAGCUUGUACAGGGAUUCAAAGAUCUGUCAAAUCGGCUAAAGAUUCAGGAUGAGACCAUAGCGUCUGAUGAGGAAAGAUUGCGCGGGGUACAAAAUUACGUCAAGCAGCUUCAAAGACACUUGCAAGCAGUCACCCUUCCUUCCAUCCAGAGGAAGAAACACAAAGAGCAAGAGCUUCAAAGGCGCCUCCUAAGGGUGAUGAGAAUAGUGGAGGCCUUAGAAGGUAAGGGUAUCCGCGUGCCAUUAAUGAAAGGUGAAGUUGAGUUAUUACAAAAGCUGUCUACAAUAGCAAGACAGCUGAAAGGGCCAACAGUAGAAUUACCGAAGAGAGUUCAUAACCUGCUUGCUAUAACUCGGGUCAACCCCAAUGUGGGUGUUGGUUUGACCUAUCUUCCAGCAUCAGCUAGAAUACAUGAAGAGAGCCUCACUGAGAUGCAAGAGGUGCUGCAACAAGAAGUAGAAGCAAUUUCUAGGCUGGGAAAUGUAUUAAAGAAGGAUAUCAGGGACAUGGAAAUAAUCAUGUCGGAAGAUACAGACAUGAUAGAGGAUGGAGUUGAAAGGCAAACACUGAAGAGGUUACAAACACAUUCAAUUCUUAACAUCUAAUAACACAGUUUUCCCCCAUAUGUGUUUGCCUCCGACAUAAACAGAUUGAAUUGACAUCAGAACCCUGAUUGACUUUUAGAUGUUUUAAAUACUGUGUACAUUUAGCUUUGUAUACCAUUUCUCUCACGUGACGAUUAUGAGUAAGAGAUGUUUGGAGAGGCAGUCGGUAUGAAUUUUACUUUCGAUAAAUGUGAUGUGAAAGUACUUUGCAUCAUUUUCAGGUCAGAAUGUUUGCUAGCUAAGAUCUAAAGUCGAAGUCAAAAUUUGAUGGAAAUUGUACUCGACUCUUGCAUUCCUUUGGACAUGAUAAAUAUUGUACUGUUAUUUCAAACGUAGCUUGGUUCAGGUAGGGGCA